AUGUCUGACCUAACUGUGACAGCCCAAGGUAUCUUUGCUAUGGCACCAACAUCCACCAGACUAACCGCCUAUAAGACCCUAAUAAGGCCAAUGUUGGAGUACGGCACUGUAGUAUGGGAUCCUUAUACCAAAGUUAGUUCUUCUAAAAUCGAACGUAUACAAAACCAGAGUCUACGGUUUGUGUACGGCAGGUACAAAAGGACGGAUUCUAUCACUGAGAUGUUGUCGUUGUCAAACAUAGAACCUUUGUGCGCCCGACGUAAGUUAGCUAGGCUAAAACUUUUGUACUGUAUUGCGAACAGGCAAACCGGUAUCGAUCCUACCAUGUAUUUGCUCCCUCCCUUCAAGCACUCCAGUAGAAUAAACAACUCGCACCACAUUCGACCCUUUAGAUCGUCACCCAAUGUGUUCAAGUUUUCUUUCUUUUCCAGAACUGUAGAUGAAUGGAAUCUUUUACCUGACGGGAUUGUUGCAUGUACGACCGUAGAACAAUUUGUUAUUGAUGCAUGUUUUUCGCAUUUCUAACGCGCUUGCAUGUUUUUUUUAAAAAUAUUUUAGUAAUGUUGUAGUCAUGAUUUUAAAAUACAACGUGUCAUUAUCGUUCUUACCUUAUUUUUUAUGUGCUCUAUUUUGCUAUC